CACAGUAUCACAUACAAAAGAGAGACGGACCAAAGAACUGCGCUGAGAUUUUGAAGGGACUUCAGUGAAUUAACAGACAAUAUGGAGGGAAAUACAACAUAUCCCCUGUUCCCUGGCAAUCACAGCCAUGCCAACAGCACUUGUUCCCGUGACAACGUUUUGAAGACGGUGGUUUUCCCUGUUCUCUACUCCUGUCUCUUCCUGGUGGGGCUUUUACUCAACACCGUGGCCGUGUGGGUGUUUUUUCGCAUCCCCUCCAAGUCCCAUUUCAUUAUAUACCUGAAGAAUAUUGUGGUUGCAGAUGUCAUCAUGACCUUCACUUUCCCUUUCAAGGUGUUAUCAGACUCCAACGUGACUUCCACUGGGCUGCAUGUGUUCGUGUGUCGGGUCUCCUCGGUGCUCUUCUACCUCACCAUGUAUAUCAGCAUCCUCUUCUUCGGCCUCAUCAGCAUAGAUCGCUGCAGAAAGACCCUCACGCCCUUCAGGGGGACUAAUGCGGCCCGCUUGACCCGUCGCAAACUCCUUUCAGGAGCCAUCUGGACCUUUCUGCUGGCUCUCUGUCUGCCCAAUGUGAUCCUGACACGCAAGACCCCAACGUCUCAAUAUUUCAAGUGCAGUGACCUGAAGACAGCGGCUGGGCUGAACUGGCAUGAGGUGGUAAAUCAUAUCUGUCAAGUUAUUUUCUGGGCCAACCUGGUGACUGUGAUAGUAUGCUAUUUUCUAAUCACCAAUGAGCUGUACAGAUCCUACUCCCGCACUAAGGCCCACAGCAGUGGAGGGACUGUAUGUCAAGCGCCAUGUGGGGCAUCAACUCGGAAACCCAACCAGUCCAAAAGAAAAAUGAAUGCAAACGUGUUCCUGGUUCUGGUUGUUUUCUUUGUGUGCUUUGUGCCGUUCCACUUUGCCCGUGUGCCAUACACCUUGAGCCAGACCCGAGGGGUUCUCUUCGACUGUAAACUCAAACUCUUCUUUUUUCAGCUGAAGGAAAGUACGCUGUUCCUCUCAUCCUUAAACUCUCUUCUGGACCCUCUAAUCUACUUCUUCCUCUGCAAGUCCUUCAGGACCACCCUGUUCAAGACCCUGCAGCUGCCUCCUGGUUCCUGUAGCAGGCUGACAGGGAGAGGGUCAGACACAGAUACAGCCAGCACCGCUCCGAGAGACUCCUCUGCCAGUGCAUAAAACCACUGGACAUGAUGAAGAGUUAUCUGAAUGUACGCAUUUUGUAAUGAUGACAACAUUAUUACCACAAAGACAAAACAAUGUGUGGCUGUUGGUUUAACUGGGUAUUAUCCAAUGAACCGACACUGGCAUGUUGUCAUGGAUUUUCUUUAAUUUCUCUGUUCUACUUAAUAACAACAUGAAGAUCCUCUUUCAACAUCUUGUAAAGAAGAAAUGUGAUGCAUUAAUUCAUAAAUCUUUAGCCACAGGAUUCCUCUAAAACAAUCAACCUGUAUAACAAGUCUGACAAAUAAUAUCUAGUGAAGGUCUUAUUGUUGCAUGUAAACGCUUGGUUAGCAUUGGUUCUUCAGGAUAAUCAUAUAGCAGGCAAAUGUGUCAAAUUGUUACGUCUGCAGACAUUUGUGAUACAUUCUAGUUUUGCUGCUUACAAUGAUCUCCGUCUAUUUAAGUAAAUAGGUAUUUCUAAGGAAUAAAGGGGGCUUUCCAAAUGACUGGGUUGUGUGCCUUCUAGUACAACCACACAGCUAAAAGACUGGGAACUACCCGUUUUACAGAAAUACAAGAGGAACAAACAAUCACAGAAAUAAAGAUAAAAUUAUACUUUUAUUAUUUGUUGUGCAUGUGAUUUGUGUCAUAUUAUGAGGUUGGUACUUUUCACAUAGCCAAAUAUCAAACCCCAUACGGCUAACUCAGCAAUAUAUGAUUCAAUUCACUUACAGUAUCUACUUCUUGCGGGGAAUGUACGUUGAGGAAAAAUGCAAAGUUACAUAAAUAUUUGAGCUUGCUAUUGUCAAAUGUAUCGAUCCACCAUGGGCAUGAAUGAGGUAAAAGAAGAUAAGAAAAACAAACUAUAUCGCUACAAAAUGAUCACUGUUGUACCAUUUCCCUGUUAAAAAGUAAAUGGGGACUUCACAUCUUUCAAUGUUGAUCCCAGUAGAAAUAAAGCAACCAUGAUUAGACGUUUAAAGACAGAAAAUAAUUCAGUCUGGCCUGAUAACACAUGGCCUACCACAAUCUAUGAUAUUUGAAUCCUCUGUCCCACCACAGCAGCUCAUUGUUCAUGGAUUUGCAUCUUUCUGGUUGAAGAGACUGACAAACCUUGGUUGAAAUAUCUGUGA